AUGAGUGUAGACAAUACUACAAAGUCGACACUGAUAAAGAGAACAGAACUAUGGGAACCAUGGUGUAUCUGUCACUCAGCCUCUACAGGAGAUUUGCUGGUCAUGAUGAGAUAUGAUACAAAAAACUCUAUCAUUAACUCAGUGGUGAAAGUCAUUCGGUUUAACAGUAAUGUACAACCAGUACAAAUCAUCCAGUACGACAACUCAGGCCAGAAAUUAUAUAGUGAACCUAUCUAUAUCAAAGAGAACCAUAAUGGAGAUAUUAUUGUUUCCGAUGGAUGGCGUGGUGUGGUGGUCACAGACCAUAAUGGAAAUUAUCGUUUCACUUACAGAGGACAAUCAAAAGUAUUUCCAUGGAUGUUCUUUGUUCCACAUGGAACCUGCGUAGAUACAUUCUUAAAUAUACUGAUCUGUAGUCGAACGGAUCACACAAUACACAUGAUUAACAAGGACGGUCUCCUGCUGUCAAUUCUAUCAACAAAAUAA